AUGGCAUCCGGGAAUGGAUUUCCGUACAUCCUUCACGACUUGCUGAAGACUGUCUUGCCUGCUUGCGGAACUCCUCCCUCGCUCGCCGAUAACUUGGCGUUCGUGAAUGAGGCCUCAGCUAUCGUGACAUGGACAAGCACGGGGACUGCCUUCGGAAUCCUCGACAAUGCAGCUUUCGGGCAGGACGUGUUGAGCUCCUACUUCAAGCACAACAAAUUCAGCAGCUUUCAGCGGCAGUUAAACCUCUACGGCUUCCGCAAGAUCGUUAAGGGCCGCGAGUCUGGAUGCUACAUGCACCCCAUGUUCUUGAGGGAUAGACCCGAGCUGCUAUCAGAGGUACGACGAGGGGUUGUCCCGCCGUGCCCACCGGAGUACACCAGAAAAGUGUACGGCAGCGGACCGCGAUUCAUGAACCAAGACGACGAGACAGACUCUGAGCCGGAGCUUGUGAUUCCGUCGAGAGGCAACAGGGAAAGGAGUCCUGAGGUACCGAGCCCGGGAAUGGGCAGCGCAGUAGCGUUGGCGGGCCGCGCACCCCCCGGCGCAAGUAUCAGACCGGGCGACAUCCACCACCUCAAUCCCUACGCGGGCGGGGGCGACCACCACCACCACCCGGCGUACCUCCGCGGCAUGACGCCAUCGCAGGACAGAACGGGGGCGGGGGGAGCGGCGGGAGGCGGGGCUGCCGCGCACCUUCCGCACAGGGGGGUGCUCAGCGGGGCCGGGAGCGGCUACGGCGGGGCCAUGGGCAUGGAGGACAACGGCUGGAGCCGGGCCCGAAGCGGCGGCGGCGGGGGUUCCGCGGGUGCGGGAGGAGCGGCGGACGGCCUACUCGUGGAGUCGCCGGGGGGCCCGCCGUUGGGACGAUUCCUCGACGGGAUGGAUUCUCCGGUCGUGGACGGGGCGCACACGCCGGGAAGCAUGGUCAGCCUGGACCAAGUGUUCGAUGAUGACCCGCAGAGGAGGUGGCCGGGCUGGGGCGCAACAGCGUAG